AUGAAGUUCCUCCUCCUUGCGGCGGCCUUUGCUUUAGCGGCCAAUGCCCAUUUCCAACUUCAGUUUCCUGACCCCCGCGGCGCGUUCAACGAGGACAAUGAGCCGACAUUUUGCGACGGAUACACUUCGGUUGCACAAAACAGAACCGAUUUCCCACUUGAUAGUGGCUUUUUCUCUCUAAAUUCGGAGCAUCCCCAGUGGACUGCGGCUGUAUAUCUAAGCACGUCUUCGAACCCGACCUCGUUUGAUGAUUUUGAACAAAUCGUGCCGUUUUUCGAACUGAAAGGAGAAGGACUCUUCUGUCUUUCUUUGAAUCUUUCCUCUACAAAUGCCACCGGUCUUACGAGUGGCCAGAACGUGACCCUUCAGUUCCUGUACAAUGGAGGCGAUGACCAGCUUUACCAGUGCUCCGACUUGACGUUGUUGGGCAACUUCAGUCUUUCCCAGAGCAUAGAUGCAACUUGUACCAAUUCUACGAACUCCACGAACUCUACGAGCUCUGGUUCCAGCUCGAGUUCAGGUUCUGACCCCCUCGCGAGUUCCCUAUCAUUGUCCGGCCUCAUUGUGUGGGUUGUUGGUACCAUGGCUUUCCUCUUCAUGUAA